AAAAGGCGUGGUUUUUUAAAUCCUGAGUGGAGUUUCCCUUGUAAAUUGACUAAGUGAAUCAGAAUCAGAAUUUUCUUACUGCUCAAAUUGCCCAUAUAGCUAAUGUGCUGUUUCACAUAAAUAUACUUGAUGUUUGUUAGCUCAAUUUUCUUUUCGAAUUUUGGACUCUAGGAAAUUGGCUGCGUCAUAUACAGUGAGGUUUUCUCUCUCUUCUCUCUCUUUCUUUCUUUUCUCUCUUCUUCACCCUUCCCGAAAGUCCCUCCCCUUAUCCCGUCUUCCCUGAACGGAGAUGGGAUAUUAAAUUUUUCUUUUGUUUUGCUCUCCUCUUGUAGGAGUUUUGACUCACCCAUGUUUGGGUGUUUGCCUCUUUCGAUCUGAACUCUCAGAUCUGCAAGUUUUUUCUUUUUUCUUUUUCUUGGUUUAUAUUUAGAUCUCUCCUUGGAGAUCUGAUUGGUAUAUUUGGUGUAUUUUAUCGCUCACGGAUCGAUUAAACGGGGAAAACUUUCCGGCGAAUAUUCCGGCGGAUUGGCAGAAGAUGAACAAGAAGAUGAACAAGAAGAUAAUUGGUAGAUUUGCUGUUGAUCUAAUAUUGUAGGCCUUCAAGAUCUGACGACUGAUUCCAGAUUGGCAGUGCAAGUUAGAUCAUCAAAAGAUCUGUAUUAAAUGGUUCAUAUUGUAUUUGUAGACUUUAAAUUGUUUUUUCCCUUUGAUUGGUGAAGUUAGUUAGAUUUAGAACUCCUCAUGGAAUAGAGAUAUUAUUCUCUUCUGCCAUGGCUAGAUGUAGCUGUUCUUCAUAUACUUCUUGUACAAUCUGUAUAUUUUGCUCUCUGUUUUAAUAAAAUCUGAGUAUCGUUUGGGACAAAAAAAAAAGAAAAAAAAAGAGAAGGAAAUUGGCUGCGUACCCUUGUGGGUAAAAGCUCUGGCGACAACUGCUUAUAUUUUAUUCUACUGAGUUUCCCUAAUUCCCUUAGAUUCAGUAAGGUUUCUCUGCAUCCUUCCUUCUUUGUUCGUCGCUGUAGAAACCCUCAUCUCCUGAUACCUCGGAAAGCCACUAAACAUCAGCCUUCUCGCGAAUCUUCACAAACCUUUUCCACAUUCACCCGACAGCUCUGUAGAAUGUUGACUUCUCGGUGGAUUUCUUUAGGGUUGGAUUGGUUGGGUUUCUUCUUGACUUAAUUGUGCUUUCUGAUUCAAAUGUAAUAGCUAUUAGUACUGUUUUAUUUUCUAACUAUCAGCCUUCUCAACUGAAGGCUGUGAGCUUGUGUUUAUAUGAAUACUAAACUGGUGAUGGUUUUUGGGUCCUCUGUUACGUAUGUGGAAUUUUCGGUUGCUUGGAUUUGGAACUUUCUUGUUUUUAGUUCUGAAUGUUAUUGGAAUGUAAGUAUAGGAGUCGUGACAUUUGUUAUCUUCAUGAUAUAUUGGACUGAUAUUCUGAUGUUUCAGACGAAGUGUAGGAGUGAUGGCAGCCGCUCAGUUUCCAGGAAACAUAAGUUCUCAAAUCCCUCUUUCUCAGAGGCCUGAAUGGGCAGAUGUGAAGCCUGUAGCGCAAGAUGAUGGCCCAAAUCCUGUUGUCUCAAUCUCCUAUUCCGAUAAAUUCCUCGAAACCAUGAAUUAUUUCAGAGCCAUCUACUUAGCUGAUGAGAGAUCCCCUCGAGCUCUUCAGUUAACGGCGGAAGCUAUUGAACUCAAUGCUGGAAAUUACACUGUAAGUUUUGUUUUGGAUUUUCUGUAAAGAUGUUGAUGGAAAUACACUGUUACUCAACCCUGUCAGUUUUCAUUUUUUUUUUCUCUUUCUAAUUAUCAUCCAAGGUACCUCUUAUGAUUUCUUGGGUGAUAAAUUGCUGCAAUUUGGGUGGUUUUUUGAAAUGCCAUGGAAGGAAAACUUGCACCCGUUUCUUUCGCUUUUAGGAAUACCGAUAAGGAAGAAAACAAGAUGAAUUAGGAUGAAUUGGGCUUACUCUAGUUAUUCCAAACUUUUUUCUGUAUAUUUUUUGAUGUUAAGUACGUGAUAUGGCUAUACUUUAUUUGGAAUGAUUAUUGUUUGUUCCUUUAGAGAUCACUGUAACAUUUCUUGAUCAUAGAAAGAACCUUGAAAUUUUGAGAAUUCUUUUCUGCAACAAAUAGGGUCUGGAGCUUUUGGUUUAUUUUGAGGGAUAUUUCUUUGUUUGACUCUCUCGUGUUAAUUUAGUGGGUCAGAGAUGAAACCCAUAUGUGGAUUCUGUGACACAAGUCUACCUAUAAACCUAAAGAAAUAACAUUAUAAAUGCAAGACCCUAAAAAGUUAUUUCUAAAUAGUGAGGACUAGGAAAUCAUUUUCUGUGUGUUAGAGUGGAUAAUAAAUGUAGUAUUUUUGUUCUUGUUCAUGCUUUAUUGGACACUUUGGUAUAUUUACUGAGGCUAUUCAUUUAGGUAUGGCAAUUCAGGCGGACAAUACUUGAGUCAAUCAACGGGAAUUUGCACGAGGAAUUGGAUUUCGUGGACCAUAUUGCGGAAGCAAAUCCUAAGAAUUAUCAAAUAUGGUAUGCCUACAUUAUGUAGUCAUUUGCUUUUAAAGUAUUUAAUUUUUUUAUUAGAUAAUUGUAUACCUUUCUAUUAAGGAUAUGUUUAGGUUCUUGCUUAUAGGUAGCCCUUAUCUGUGUGGUGUUUUCCAUUUCCGCAUGUCUGAUAAUAUGAAAUCUUAAAGUCAGUGGUUUCUUUUGGGUUGCAUCCUUGUUUGGAGUCCAGAUCAUAAAUGGUGUUUCUAGUCUAUUGAACUUUGUACAUUGAUUGCGUCAUGAAUAAAUAUGAGAAUCACCAUGUGAGAAUUCCCUUGGAGGGGAUCCUAUUAGCAGUAUGUCAAGAUAUGUGUUACGGAAAAAAUUUAAGAUACUUGAUAAUGUGCUGUAAGAUAGGAUAAACGACGAGCAGUUAAAUAAUCUUCAUGUAAAGUAAAAUAAUCUUUUUUCUUACAAUAUAAGUCAAUUAUGUGUGCAAUUUUUAUUUUAUAUAGUAUUUUUUGGUCUCACUGAGUCUUUCGAAUGUUGAUUGGCAUUCAUUGCCUCUUGAGGUCUUGAGCAAAGGACCAAUUUUUUCUCAGUUCUGCAUUGAUGGAUUGUACAGAGGACUCGGUGUUUUACAAGUUUUACAAAAACCUUUUAGAUAUUUAAAGCGAAAGGCAAUUUAGUAGGUUUAAUUUUAAAGUGUCUUAUCUCCAAGCAGUAUUGAUGAAUUCUACUUGCUCUGACUCUAUUGUGACUACUAAUAUUGUAGUGCACUAGUAAUGACUAAGUUAAAUAUAGCAGUUUAAUGAUUUUGUAGAUGUUUUUUGCUGCAUAACUGGCAAGUGUGCGCCCAAUGUAUAUCUAUUUGAUCUGAAAAACAAGGUCAAAAGUUAGUGUACAUAAAGAGAGAGUAAUUCUUUGGAAAUAUAAGUUCUUAUCCAUCCAGUGGUGCAGGUAUGUUACUUCGUUAAGAUAUUCAAAAUAUAAAGGAUGUGCACUGUGUCUUAAUAACUCCCUAAAGUUUUAGCGUAUAAGAUUCUGAAGGCUCUAGUGAACAUUCCCUUAUGAUCCCAACUUUCAGCUUGGCUGAGAAUGUGUUGUGUUGUUGCUGUUUACGAUGUUUGGCCUCUCUUUAAACAGCUUUCUACUAAGCUGUAUUCACUGAGCCAGCCAUUCAUUUUCCUAAACAAAUAUUUGUCUGUAAGAACUUGUUUUGCCAAGUUAUGUGUUACUUUUUUUUUAUUUAACUGUUAGGAUUUUCUUCUGUUUUGAUGUAAGAAGGUUUCCAUGAGAUUAUGGUUUUCUUUCCUUUUAUUUUAGUUUUCCUCGGCAUACAUAUCAAAUACGAAGUGUAUGGCCCAUUUUUCUGGUCAAUUCUUUGCCUACUUUUGUCCUGCACAAAUUAUCCAGUUAUCUUUAUUUUGCAUUAUUCAAACUUUGAUGCAAGGUUUUUGUAGGCAUCAUAGGCGCUGGGUUGCUGAAAAGUUGGGAACUGAUGUUACAAUAAGGGAACUUGAGUUUACUGGGAAAAUAUUUUCUGAGGAUCCUAAAAAUUAUCACGCCUGGUCACAUAGACAGUGGGUCCUCCAGGCAUUGGGCGGGUGGGAAAAUGAACUUUCUUACUGCCAGGAACUCCUUGAAGAUGAUAUUUUUAACAAUUCUGCUUGGAAUCAGAGAUUUUUCGUCAUCACAAAAUCUCCUCUCCUUGGUGGCCUGAGCUCAAUGAGAGAGUCAGAAGUAACGUAUACAAUUCAAGCUAUUGCUGCAAAUCCAGAAAAUGAAAGCCCUUGGAGGUACCUUAGAGGCCUUUAUAAAGAUGACCCGGAGGCUCUCGUUAAAGAUCCACGGGUAGCAUCUGUGUGCUUGGAAGUUUUAACAGCGAAAAGCAAUUAUGUGCAUGCUCUGAACAUGGUCUUGGACCUUCUUAGCCAUGGUUUCAUGCCCAGCUCGGAGAUUUCAAGUGCCGUUGGCGCCUUAACUACAAACUCACUUGAGCCUGAUUCAGAUUUGAUAAAAAGCAUAUGUUCGGUCCUAGAACUCGUAGAUCCAAUGAGAGGAAACUAUUGGAAGUGGCGGAGAGAUACUGCAGUUGCUCAAGCAUGUCGACGUUAGAAACAUGGAUAGGCAGACUUCUGAUAUAAUUGUAGUAAAGAUGAUGUACUCUUUGAUUUCAACUUGACCCCUUAUCUCUUUAUGUCACAUACAAAAGUUGUAAUACUGAAAUUCAUGAUUUCUUAACAGAAUCUUGAACAAACAAAGUAAAACACUAUUCUGAGUAAAAAACAAACAUUUCAUUAUU